UGCAGCGCUCUCCGACGUCCGUUGAAGCUGCAAUGCAACGCUCGAUACUCCAAUGGAGCUCGACGGCGCUCUCAGUGCAGCACAAAAGGUGCGCGACCUCGUCAAGAUCGCCGACUGCGGUGCUGCAAAAUGGAGCUCUCGCUGGUGGCUCCCGAUGAUGCAUUGUCGUCGACGGUUGUCUAAGCUGCAGCGCUCGGUGCUUCAAUGGAUCUCGGCGCUCUCGAAGCUGCAGUGUUGUGCUUGGUGCUUCGGUGGAGCUCUCGAUGUGGCUCCCGAUCUCGUCGACGGGCUCAAAGUUGUAAUGCAGCAGCUCGGUGCUCCAAUGGAGCUCUCGUCAACGGCACUUGGUGCUAUGUUGGAGCGCUCGUCGGCGGCUCUCAGAGGUGCGAUGCACCGGCCAACGGCGACUCCAGUGUUGCAACGCUGUGCUUUGUUGGCGACAACCAUGAUACUUUUGCAGCGACGGCCUAGAUGAGGAAAGCAAAGGUGGCUGAUGCAGUACAGGGAGAAGGAUGGUGUGUCUGCGUUGACUUUCUUUUAUGGGCUGACAUAAAAUGGAUCAGACGGCUGAUUUCUUCAGUAAAUCAACCGGUUGAUUUGUAGCAGCACCAUCCAAUAUGGAUUGUAUAGAAGAAGAAAAAAAGAUCACUACACAUUCUGUCGCUUGCCAAAGACACCCCUAGUUAUACGUUAUUUAUAUUCUGGAUUUAGGUAGGUUAUUUAGACCAUACAAAAAAGUUGUCAAAGAUGUGUUUGGAUGCAAAGUAUUUUUGUAGUUUUUGAGGCAUACCAUGGUUUCUGAAAAAAUAAAACCUUGGUAUUAAAUA